GUCGGAAUCUCUCCCUGGCUUCAGUUUCCGUGUUCACGGGGGCAGCAGCAGCGGGUGAACGGAGCUGGAUGACUCCCUGCUGUGUCUCUGUGCCACGCCGCCAAACUGCAUCGCUGUGCGGGGCUCUGUCAGGAGGACGGAGCCUCUCUAUCUCAGUCACAUCAGCUGGAUCCACGGAACGGGACCAUGCUUACACGAGUGAAGUCAGCGGUGGCCAGCUUCGUGGGAGGAAUGAUGGCAGGCGGCUCCAGCGUAGAGCAUCCCGCUGGCCCGGAUCUGCAGCUGAAAUUCCCCUACAGCAGACCGGAGUUUCUGGGACUCUCCCCGGACGAGGUGGAAUGCUCGGCGGAUCACAUUGCAAGGCCGAUCCUGAUACUGAAGGAGACCAAGCGACUGCCUUGGUCCACGGGCUACGCAGAAGUCAUCAAUGCAGGAAAAAGCACAUUAAAUGAGGACCAGGCCUGCUGUGAAGUGCUGGUGGUCAAAAGGAGACCACCAGGAAAUUUCACACCAAACCGGACCCCCUUAGCUCGCAGGAGGUCUUCCCUGCCUAAUGGAGAAGGCCCAGGUCUACGGGAAAACCUGGAAUAUCCCGAAGACCUGACCUUCCACUACUGGGCGUUGUUCGAUGGCCACGCAGGCACGGGGGCAGCGGUUGUGGCCUCCCACCUCCUCCAUCACCACAUUGCUCUGCACCUUCAGGAUGUGAUGGAGAUCCUCUGUACUCCAAGCAUUCCACCUCCAACAUGCCUGGGUGAGGAGCCUAGUGCUCAUCUCCUCACUCCGACAUCCCAAAGGGCCCUCAGCAGGGCCGCGUCUCUCCGGGGGGCCGCGGGGGCCCCUGGUUCCCCCAGCGCAGCACCAACACGCUUCUUCAUGGAGAAGAAAGUUUCACACGAGAGCCUGGUGAUUGGUGCCAUCGAGAAUGCCUUCAAAGACAUGGAUGCACAAAUAGAGAAGGAGAAGUCGAUGUACAACAUCUCAGGCGGCUGCACCGCCCUGGUGGUCAUCUAUUUACAAGGAAAGCUUUACGUUGGGAAUGCAGGAGAUGGCAGAGCUAUCAUCAUCCGGGGUGGAGAAGUAACUCCCAUGUCUUCAGAGUUCACACCAGAGUCAGAGAGACAACGACUACAGUUUUUGGCAUACAUGCAGCCGCACUUAUUAGGUAACGAGUUUACACAUCUGGAAUUCCCCAGGAGGGUUCAGAGGAAAGAAGUUGGCAAGAGGAUGCUGUACCGUGACUUCACCAUGUCUGGAUGGGCGUAUAAAACCAUAGAGGACGAUGACCUGAAGUUCCCACUGAUAUACGGCGAAGGAAAGAAGGCCCGGGUGCUGGCAACCAUCGGGGUAACCAGAGGACUUGGAGACCAUAACCUCAAAGUGCACGACUCCAACAUCUACAUCAAGCCAUUCCUGUCCUGCUGCCCAGAGGUCAGAGUUUACCCACUGACCCAGUUUGAACAUGGAGCCGACGACGUCCUGGUUCUCGGAACCGAUGGUCUGUGGGACGUUCUCUCCAACCAGGAAGUAGCAGAAACUGUCACUUCAUUCCUGUCGAACUGUGACCCCGACGAUCAGCACAGAUACACAAUGGCAGCUCAGGACCUGAUCAUGAGAGCACGUGGGGUGCUGAAGGACCGCGGCUGGAGAAUAUCCAACGACAGAUUGGGCUCCGGAGACGACAUCUCCGUCUACAUCAUUCCCCUGAUGUUUGGAAACAAGCAGAAUUAAACCCACCUGUUGUGUCUGGAUUUAACCCUUGUUGAAGGACACGAGACAUCUCUCCAUGUCAGAUGUAGGAUUUUUUUAGGGUCAUCUGGGGACAGGUUUUUUUUGUUUUUUAACUGCUGAAAUUUCGCCUCUUCAGGGUAUUUCACUGACAAAGCCAUGGUGAACAUUGUUGUGGAGUGAUGCAAAUGUAACUGAUAAGAUGAUUUAAAAAAAAGAAAAAAAUCAUCUCAGAGUCGUUGUUACUGAUAAUUGCACAAUAUUUAUAAAUGUGAAAAUGUAUAUAGUCUCAGGCCAAACGCAUUUGAUGAACGUGUGUGUGGUUAAAUAUCUGUACAGUGUAUUAAAAAAAACAAGUAACCAGGAAGCUGAUGUCAUGUACAUAUGGACGAUCUCUCCUGUAGACUUUUACUGUAGCCAAGCCAUUGUAUCAGCGCUGGGAAAAGAAAUGCCUUCCUCCAGGGCUGCUGUUUUUUUCCUCUUAAAAUCCAAAAGAAAUAGUGAAUAACAUGAAGAAACUUUUUAAUAAAGAGAAGACAAAUGAGACCA